AUGGCGGAUCCUCCUGCGGACGCUGGGGGCGAGGAGGGCGGGGAUUGGCCCCUGGCGCGCAUCGGUGGAGCGACCCAGCCGGCGGAUGGGGUCCAGGGAAGCGGGGUGGAGGGCGGGAGGGACGGCGCAGACGGCAGGUUUGAAUCCUCGGCUGGGCAUUCGGGGGCCGUUGGGGGAAACGAGCCCGGCGAGCGGCCGCCGGCAGUGCCGCCGAUCGGCGACGGGCUGGAGGAAAUGCUGCUCAGGCUGGGGGGGGUCCACUGGGCGGGCGGCGACCUGCACCUGACGUCGCUGGAGGCCGACGGCACCAGCAGCCCCGCAAUUGAGGGCUACCUGGAUUUCUGCGACUUAAGCGCGACGCCCAAGUCGUCGGAGCGGUGGGGGGAGCGCUCGAGCACGAUGCCCCUGCAGCGGUCGCCCCUGGGUAGCGAGGUGGCCAAGGCCAGCAGCGCCAAGGCCGUGCUGAGUCCUCCUCGAGCCGCGGAUCCCACCGAAUGGCCCCGUCCGCCUGGUUCGAGCACGGGCGGAUCGGGCACUGGCGCGUCGGCCGAACAAUCGGCGGAGUGGGCCGGGAAGGGCCCCCUGGCGGGCGUGCCGCCCGUGCCCAGCGGGCGGUGGAGCCAGAGGGGCGAUGAGCGGCGGGAUCGAGCCCGUGGACCCGGCGCGGCGUCAAUCACGUCGUCCGAGGCGGCGAUGUCAUCUUCCGGCGCCCGGGGCGACCACCUGAGGCUCAUCCGCCACGGCUGGCGGGGCAGCUCGGGCGGCACGACGCGCCUGCUGGACGGCGCGCUGGAGGACCCCUUCUACGACAUGCCCGGGCGCUGCGCGAGGAUGGAGGAGCCCCCCGUGGAGUCCGGGGACUACCGGAUGCUCACCGGCCUGGGCAGCGGCAUACGGAUGGAGCUGGUGACCACGGACAGCACGCACACCACGGUGGCGCCCUACAGGUCGGUGGACAGGAGCGUGGGUGUAUCCAGCGCGGGCAGGCCGCCCCUGGCCAGCAAGGAGAGCUUCCUGCACUACGACGUGGAAGACCAGCAGCUGUCGCUGUCCACGGUGCCCGACUCCGGCGAGACCAGCGGCACUUCGCCAAACCUAAGAUCGGACGGGGCGGGCGCCUGGGAGGGGGCGGAAGGGACUCUGUCCCAGCGCUACAAGUCCUUGGUGUCAAGGGGAGACGGUCAGGGGAGGGUGGGAUUGAACCUGGAGGCCGUGCGGAGGGCGGGGGGUGCCGGCCCGGCGGUGGGGGAGCUGGACAGCGCCAGGAACAGCCGGAGCAGGCGGCCGGGAUCGAGCAGCCUGUCCGGGGAGAGCUCCGACGCCCCGCAGGGCGGUGGGAAGGAGGGGUCCGAGAGGGGGGUGGCGGGCGUGCGGGAGACCAGGCACGCCAGGGCGCUGUCCGACCCCACGUCGAUCCAUUCUCCGACGGUGGCCGAGGGACAGGAGGAGAGGAACGACAGCGCGGCCGACACGGCGUUUCCGGCCUGGCCCAUGCCCGACGGAAAGGAUAAGAGGCACUCCGUGGACGAGAAGCUCGAGACCGGCCAGAGCUGGCCUGUGGAGAUCAACUCGUACCCGCCGAGCGAGUCCAGGCACGCGCUGCCGCCGGGGCCCGGCUGGCAGCCCCCAAUGUGGCAGCAGCAGCAGCAGUACAAGGCCUACGAGGCGGCCUUGGGGCUGGCGCCCGUGCGGAGCAUCCAGAUGAAUAGCAUCUCGGUUUCGGGGCCGCUGCCGGAGGGGAGUGUGGCGGGCAUGGAAACCAGCCUGGUCGGGAAGGGGUUGGGGAGGGUGGGGAGACUGAGGAGGCUGUUUGGUAGGCUGUUUUGGUGCAGAUGGCCCGGAGGAAAGAAGAGGGCCACAGUGGGAGAGGAUGAAGAAGUGGCCAACUCCAUAUUUUAUGAAGGAGUGGACGAAGGUGUCUGUAAGGAGACGGGUCUGGGGAGGUCGACUGCUGGGUAUGCCAGGAGGCAGAAAUUUAUGAUGCGGAUGAUAGAGGAGUCGAGACUCGAGUGA